AUGGAGCUUCUCAAAGUAUCUUAUGGGAUUGAAAAAUUACAAGACAUAGUAGAAGAGCGAAGUCGGCUUGUCAAAGCCCUAAAUAUGAGUCCUUCGAUCAACGACACGAUAAGUUUGAAGAAACAGCUCAACGCCACGCUAGAUUCGCUUAAAGAGGCCGAAAGUUGCAUUUCAGACAGUGAAGAAGCAGGAUUUAACAGUUUGGCAGCCAAGUAUAACUCGGUCGUGGCCCAAAUUCCGGAUGAAGCAGUGGAAAAGGGUCUUUACACUUUCUCUAAAAGGGUCAAAGCCAACAAGAAAUCCAGCACGUUUAGCACAGCAGAGUCCAAGAAAGUACGCUUCAAGGACAAUUUAGCAGAGUUUCAGGAGCAUCCAAGCGUUGCCGAGACUCAGUUUGCCCCUUUCACGGAUGACGUUCAACCUGAGGACCAAGAAAGAGAUCGUCUAUUUGGUGAGAGUAGUGUAAAUGAAGCGAACAAUCAACCUUAUUCAAUUGCACCGCAGCUUUCGAACCAGGACAUUUUCAUCCAGCAGCAGCAACAGUUGCUGGAACAGGAUUCGCACUUAGAAUCCCUUUCGCAUUCCGUCCACAGGGGGCAUGAACUGUCGCUGGAUAUUCACCAUGAAAUGACCGACCAAAAUGAUAGCGUACUGCGAGACCUGGAGAGUCUGGUGGACAGCAGUGGCAGAAACCUUGACCGUGCGAAAAAUAGACUGCAAGUAUACGAAAAAACGGCCCGAGAAAACGGCCCUUGUCUCAUCAUCGUAUUGCUGGUGAUGAUCCUAGUGCUGCUUUUGGUGGCUCUGUGA